AUGAAUGGUUCUCCAUUGUACUCACUUGCUGAUGCUCUUGGACCUUUGAAGCUGAGCAAUGAUUCUUCAACUAAAAUGGCUACAAACGUCAAAAAUGAGCCGUACUGCGAAGAGGAUGAUGAGGAGAAUAUGCAUGAUGACUACGAAGAUAUGAAGGAUGAUAGUGAUGAUUCUGGAUCUAGAUCAAAGAAAAGAAAGGAGAAGCCUCCUUACUCUUACAUUGCUCUGAUUGCUAUGGCCAUUUCUAAGCGGCCAGAUAAGAAAGCUACAUUGGCUGAGAUUUAUGAAUAUCUGAAAGAGAACUUUGAAUUCUUCCGAGGGGAAUAUGCUGGAUGGAGGAACUCGAUUCGUCAUAACUUGAGCUUGAAUGAGUGCUUUGUUAAGCUUCCGAAGGAUACUGGAGAGAGUUAUCGGGGAAGAAAGGGUCACAAGUGGACCAUCAGUGAUUCUUGUGAAUUCAUGUUGGAAGAGAAUGGAUUCCGCCGUCGUCCACGUGGAUACAAGGCUCGGAAGAGAACUCAUUAUCCAGCUUCUGAAGGAGGAAACGAGUUGUCGAUUGGAGGAGCGGUCUAUGACUAUCCUUGCUCAACAUCUGAAUUCACCGAUUCGAAUCGAUCUUCGUUGAAUAGUGAAAUCAAGAAUGGUUUGAUUGGAGACGACUGUGGAUCUUCCAUUUCUGAUCAUUUAGUGUCCUCGACUACUUCAAUUCCUCUGCCUCCCCUGACUGGACCAGAUCAUUCUCCAGUCUAUCCAACUGCCGCUGCCUAUUUCGGAUAUGGAUCGCCGGAUUUCCCAAUGCAAUGGGCCUCGCCAGCGUAUGACUGGCCUUACUAUGCCAGUCCUCAAAUUGGAUUGUGCUCUUCUGAAUUCAAUGGAAUCAGUCCAUCACCAACAAUCACCCCUCAAAUAACUCCACAAGUGUCCCCAUACUUCUAUCCACCAGUCAUCAACUCUUCCAACUUCAUGGACGACUGGCGCUUCGGAGUUUCUUCGACUGCCAUGACUUCGGGAUCCUAUGCGAGUCCCUCUUUUCUAUCCAACGAGCCACCUGCCAUCGAUGUAGGCACGAAGCAUGAAACUGGUGACCUCUGA